CGCUUUUACGCCGUGGAUUCGGUUCAGAGCGGAACACACUGACAGCAGCGGGUCCUCUUUGCCGUGAACUGUUUGCGUGCACUGCACACCGAUAGUGACGAGAAAUCCUCACGUUGCACAUUAUUUCAUCGGAGGAGACGACGCCACGAGCGCAGAUGCAUUAACGCAAAAGCGCACGAUCUUGUGAAACCCAGUCCACCUGUGCGUAAAGGAGUGAGGGGGAGAGAUUUGUUCAUUUCGAGGAACGGAUCUGUGCAACUCCCAUUUGUCACCGGAUCAAGAGGGCAAGUCGCGUCAUUCAAGCGGGAAUAAGAGCUUUUAUUUUCCUUCGCAGUGGUAAUGCGCGUGCAAUCCGGAUUAUAAGAGGAAAGUCAGUCGUUUUCUCAAGAUCCGAAGGAAUAGAUUAGAUCAGCUCUUUCCAAGGGCGACUCGGAAUCGCGGGUUCAGAAGACAUUCGGUCCACAUUUGAAUAGUUGAGACUGAGAGACACUGAAGAAGCGUGCACGAUGCCACUUGCUCAACUGGCAGAACCAUGGCCCAAAAUGGAGCUGGUGCAGUUGGAGUCGGAGAAUGGACAGAGCACAACAGAGGAUGGAGUUAAUGCAGCGGUUAAGCACAGGUCAGAGAUCACCUGGGUAGAGAGAGAGUUUGCUGAUAUCUGUGUGAAGGAAGAUGGUGACAUCAAGGAGAUCAACAUCACUCAUGUGGUUAAGGAGGGAGCGGAGAAAGCAGACCCAUCCCAGUUCGAGCUGCUUAAAGUGCUGGGACAGGGAUCCUUUGGAAAGGUGUUCUUGGUUCGGAAGAUAACGCCGCCUGAUAAUAACCAGCUCUAUGCCAUGAAGGUCUUAAAAAAGGCCACACUUAAAGUGAGGGACCGUGUGAGGACUAAAAUGGAGAGAGACAUUUUGGCAGACGUCAACCAUCCCUUUGUUGUCAAACUCCAUUAUGCAUUUCAAACGGAAGGUAAACUCUAUCUGAUUCUGGACUUUCUCAGAGGAGGUGAUCUUUUCACCAGGCUGUCAAAAGAGGUGAUGUUUACAGAAGAAGAUGUGAAGUUUUAUCUGGCUGAGCUGGCACUGGGUCUGGAUCACUUACACGGGCUGGGCAUCAUUUACAGAGACCUUAAACCUGAGAAUAUCCUUCUGGACGAAGAGGGACAUAUCAAACUCACAGAUUUUGGACUUUGUAAGGAGGCUAUCGACCAUGAGAAGAAGGCUUACUCUUUCUGUGGGACGGUAGAGUACAUGGCUCCAGAGGUUGUCAACCGACAGGGACACACCCACAGCGCUGACUGGUGGUCAUACGGGGUACUGAUGUUCGAGAUGCUUACAGGAUCACUGCCGUUCCAGGGAAAAGACAGAAAGGAAACGAUGAAUCUCAUCCUAAAGGCGAGGUUGGGUAUGCCACAGUUUCUUAGUGCUGAAGCACAAAGCUUACUAAGAGCCCUCUUCAAGAGGAACCCCAUCAACAGACUUGCAUCUGGGCCAGAUGGAGCUGAAGAGAUCAAACGGCAUUCAUUCUACGUGACCAUUGAUUGGAAUAAACUCUUCAGGAGAGAGAUAAAACCUCCAUUCAGGCCAGCUGUAGCCAGACCCGACGACACCUUCUACUUUGACUCAGAGUUCACGUCUCGUACCCCUAAAGAUUCUCCAGGUGUUCCCCCCAGUGCAGGUGCCCAUCAGCUUUUCCGAGGCUUCAGCUUUGUUGAUACGGCAAUGCUGGAGGAGGAUAGUAAACAGGAGAAUACAAAGCCCCCUCCACACCCUGUGGUACAGCAGCUUCAUGGUAAGAACAUCCUGUUCAGUGACGGUUACGUGCUGAAAGAGGACAUCGGCAUGGGAUCUUUCUCUAUCUGCAAACGCUGCAUACACAAGGCUACCAACACGGAGUAUGCAGUGAAGGUAAUCGAGAAAACAAGCACUGACCCAUCUGAAGAGAUUGAGAUCCUGCUAAGAUACGGCCAACACCCCAACAUUAUCACUCUCAAAGAUGUGUAUGAUAAUGGAAAGCAGGUGUACCUGGUCACAGAGCUGAUGAGAGGAGGAGAGCUGCUGGACCGAAUCCUCAAGCAGAAGUUCUUCUCAGAGAGAGAGGCCAGCGCCGUCCUGCACACCAUCACAAAGACCGUGGAAUACCUACAUGCACAAGGAGUCGUGCACAGGGAUCUGAAGCCCAGCAAUAUUCUGUACGUCGAUGAGUCUGGAAAUCCUGAAUCUCUGCGCAUCUGUGAUUUUGGCUUCGCCAAGCAGCUCCGGGCAGACAACGGCCUCCUCAUGACGCCCUGCUACACUGCCAACUUCGUAGCACCCGAGGUACUGAAGAGACAAGGCUAUGAUGAGGGCUGUGACAUUUGGAGUCUUGGAGUAUUACUGUACACUAUGCUUGCCGGAUUUACUCCUUUUGCCAAUGGACCAGAGGAUACUCCAGAAGAGAUCUUGAGUCGGAUAGGGAGUGGCCGCUUUACGCUGACGGGAGGCAACUGGGAUGCUGUGUCUGAUGCAGCCAAAGAUUUGGUCUCUAAGAUGCUCCAUGUGGACCCACACCAGCGGCUCACAGCCAAGCAGGUUCUCAAGCAUCCCUGGAUUGUUCAGAGAGAUAAACUUCCCAACAGUCAGCUACAACACCAAGAUGCCAAGCUUGUCAAGGGGGCGAUGGCGGCCACCUACUCCGCGCUGAAGAGUUCCCAGCCUCCCCCGGAGCUGAAACCCAUCGAAUCAUCCUUCCUGGCACAGAGACGGGUGAAGAAGCUGCCGUCCACCUCACUGUAGAAAACGAGGGAGGAAACACAAUGACGUCCUCCUGAAUGCAGUUUUGGAAGGGAUGUGAUGGAUGAAAGGACCAUACUGAAGUUGUAUUGACUAAAGACAAUCUCUUACACCUGCCCUUGUCAUCAGCGCUUAUGCGGGCUGUCAAGCAUGUUAGGCGAGGGACGUGAUUGGCUGAUGAAGUGUAAGGGCGGGGCCAGUGGGGGUUUGCACUCCCUUCAGAACGGUUGUGUGUUUGAGUGUUUGAGUGUCGGAGAGAAUUUAAAGAAUCAGGUAAAGGAUACUGUUACUAAACGGAUGAUAUUGCCAGUGCAUCUGUGUCUUGGUACUGUACUCCCUAAACAUCAACACUGCUGUAUUCAGAGUUUUGGAUUGUUGUUUUCUUUGUUUUUUAUGUCUGUUGUUUGCUUAAGAUUUAUUCAUUUUCUUCAAUGGGACAACGCAGUACUGUUUUUUGGUAGCUCUGUCUUAAUCCUCCAUAAAGUUAUCUUCCUAAAACCUCAAUCCUCCAUAGAGAGGAGAAAUGUUCCAGUGUAAUGUUUCAACCCAGGUAAAUAAGUCAAGGUUAAAUCUAUCUUCCACAAUGAUCUGGUACGCAUGUGACUAUCAUCCAAGCGUAGGGGAGAACUGAGGUGCUUUCUGCAUGAAUUUGUGAAAUGCCGUCUUGUUGCUUUUUUGUUUUCAAGCUCAGCACUUUUGCUUGGUGACCCCGUCAACACUGGUCAAGACUGUUCAGACAAUGUCUUUUGCGUUUCUCAAAGAAAAGAACGAAAAAUUGAAUGUGAGAUGACCUUUGAAGCUUGUGGCAUGGAAAAGUUUUGCUCUUGUAAACCGGUGAUUUUUCUGGAAAAUCUGUCUCCUGUUAUUGAUUCUGUUGUUGUUGUUUUUGCUAAAAGAGACGUUAUUUUAUAAAGCACACUGAGCACAAACAUGUAUAAGUGUAACGCUGGAGGAAAUGAUUGUGUAGAUUUUUACCUGUUCUUUAUCAUUAUUGUUCUCACCGUGUUCAUUGGCGAAGUCUCGACUGUAUUGUGCUCAGGCCCUUCUUGCAAAUGUCGUGCAAAUUCAUGGAGCCUUGUCAAGCUUCUGCACCCUUUAUCCAUCAAACACAUCUUCACAGUUUCAAGGUGUGCUCACUGUAUUGCUUUGUGUUCCCACUUCCCAUCAUUAGAAUUCUUACUGUAGGAUUAUAAAGAAUUGUAAAAAUGUCUUCGCUCCAGCAUAAAUAUAAGUGAAUGUAUUGAUCUAGAAAAAAGGGAAUUCUCAAUGCACUUUAGUUAUUAAAACGAUGAUAAGGAUAGUUUACCCAGUAAUGAAACAUUUACUCACCCUUGUGUUGGUCCCCAGAUGUAGAAAGUCAUGCCGGUUAGGAACAACUUGAAGGAAAGUAAAUGAUUACUUUUUGUCAUUUUUGGGUGUGCUAUCUUAUUAAAACCAUGACGUUAUGCAAAAAAGUGACAUGAGUUUCACUCGACCACUUUAACUCAUGCAGAUUUGUAUCGUGAAACAUAAAUUGAGCUCCAGACGACUGAACUUGUAAUAGAGCAUAAUGCGUGUGAAUUCUAUAAAUUUUGAUGACAAAUGCAUUGUGUCUGUCUAUUGUCCAAACCUUUCAAAGUUGAAACCUAGCAGUUCUCUUUUUACACAUCUCUUUAUUUGUGCAUUGUUAUUUCCAACAGUUUUUUCUCUGUAUGUGCUAUUGGGGAUUCUUUCUGGGUAAUCUUAAAAAAAUCAGUUGUGAUUUAUUUGUCCUGCUUUGAAGAAAAAAAUAUUUGUGAGUAUGAGCAUUCAGUCGUAUUACUGUGUAAAUGUGUUUGUGUCUCCUGCCUGCUGUGAUGGUGGGGGUGUUUGUGGUAAAGGGGUGUAAAUGAUUGCCCUUUGUUCUACGGUUAAGGGGCUGGAUGUAAGAACCUUCAGCCUGGUGCCUUUCUAUUAAAAGAAAAGAAAAACUUUUUACUCUU